UAUAUUUCUUUCAAUUAGGACAAAAGAAAAGCGUGCUAGUGAUGAGUCAGCUCGAUUCUCGCUACUCAUAAUAUCUGUAGCCAUUUUUGUUUUUUUAUGGAAUCACUUUGAUUCUUUUUUCCCACAUUAGCUCUGCAAAACCAGAGCUUUCUUGGGGAACAAACAAAUACAUGGAGAACCUUGAAGAGCGAAGGGACUGCCUUGAAUCCCCACUAAUUCCUCAAUCUCAACAGGGAUUUGCCAAAGAUGAGAUAUUGGGCGAGGUUAAAAAGCAGCUCCUGUUAGCUGGCCCUCUUGUAUCUGUCAAUUUCUUGGUAUUUGCUUUGCAGCUUAUAUCAGUAAUGUUUGUGGGUCAUCUUGGUAAGCUUCCACUUUCUGGUGCUUCAAUGGCUACUUCCUUUGCUUCCGUUACUGGUUUUAGCUUGCUGAGGGGAAUGGCAAGUGCAUUAGAUACAUUUUGUGGUCAGUCUUUUGGAGCAAAACAGUAUCACAUGCUUGGUAUUCACUUGCAAGGGUCCUUGCUUGUUCUACUAACAGCCAGCAUUCCCUUGGCAUUUAUAUGGACCAAUGCUGCUUCCAUCCUUUUAUUCUUCGGACAAGACCCGGAAAUAGCGGCCGAAGCCGGUAAAUACGCUCGUUUCAUGUUGCCAAGCAUCUUCGGUUUCGCCAUCCAGGAAUGCCAUAUCAGGUUCUUACAAGCUCAAAACAAUGUGGUUCCCAUGAUGAUAAUCUCAGGAUUCACAACAUUACUUCACAUCCUUGUUUGUUGGAUACUGGUGUUCAAGUCCGGUCUCGGAAACAAAGGCGCCGCUUUGGCGAACGCAUUCUCGUACUGGACUAAUGCUCUGCUUCUAGUAUUGUAUGUCAGAACCUCUCCUUCUUGUAAGAAAACUUGGACAGGUUACUCCAUGGAAGCUUUCUAUGGUAUCCUUAAGUUCUUGAAACUAUCAAUUCCUUCAGCUAUAAUGCUCAGCCUGGAAAUCUGGUCCUUUGAGAUGAUGGUCCUUUUAUCUGGUUUGCUUCCAAAUCCAAAGCUUGAAACUUCAGUUUUGGCAAUCAGCCUUAAUACAUGUUCAACAAUUUAUAUGAUACCCCUUGGACUUAGUGCUGCAGUAAGCACAAGAUCUUCCAAUGAACUAGGAGCCGGGCGACCGCGGGCCGCUCGACUAGCGAUCUGUGUUACGUUGUUGAUGGUGGUCACUGAAGGAACCUUGAUGGGCACCGUCAUGAUUUCGGGUCGAAAAUAUUGGGGUUAUCUCUAUAGCAAAGAUGAGCAAGUGGUGAAAUACGUAGGACAAAUGUUGCUGCUCAUUGCUGCUUCCCAUCUUAUUGAUGGUAUUCAAUCUGUACUUACAGGGGUUGCUAGGGGAUGUGGAUGGCAAAAAAUUGGGGCAUGGAUUAAUCUGGGUGCAUAUCAUCUUAUUGGUACCCCUUGUUCAGUUGUACUAGCUUUUGUUUACCAUCUUGGAGGGGAGGGACUUUGGACAGGUCUAAUAGUGGCACUUUUUGUGCAAGCAAUAUGUUUAGCCAUAGUAACUCUAAACAUUAAAUGGGAGGAAGAAGCAAAGAAAGCUUUUAAUAGAGCAACAAAUUCAUGGGGUGCAAUGUUAUCAUAAAGAGGAGAGAUUGACUUGUACUGUUAUGCAUUAUUGCCACAAAGUGCAUUUCGAUUAGCUCUUAGUUCAAUUGGUAUAUGCUUUGUUAACAAUGUAAGAAGAUGUGGGUACAAAUAUAUUAAAGCACAUUAUUAUUCUAUUCAUGAGUUUUGAAGAGAAA